AGGUCAUGCAUCUUGAGUCAGGUGACCACAGAAGGUGACACAACCAACCUUGUCACCCCUGACAUGUUAGAGGCGUACGGUGCUGUCAUGAGUCUAGGAUCCGGACGUGCAUCAAAGAUCUGUAGUCUGGGAACUGCUAUUAUGGGACUGCUGCCAUCGAGUUUCAGGAAUAUUCUGGAGAAAUGUACAAAAUCUUCAAGCAAUGAAUUUCCUGGUGUGGGAUCUUGGCGCAAUUUUUACUCAAAUGAUCUGUGUCCAGUUGAAGGCUACAUUGACUGUAUUCAAGCUGCCCAUAUGUCUGCAUUCACAUGUCAGUGGCACCACACAAUAUACAGAUCCUUGGCCCACAUGCUAAAUGCCCUGGCCAGGUUUAGUGGAGAUCUGUUAAUUUGGUGUCCCAAUGAGAGGAUGUCUGAGGAGAUGGUUCGUGUCAUGUUCCCUCUGGUCUUUGAUGCCUCCACAGAGCAGAUUGCUGACUUUACAAUAUUUUCCCUUGAGAGAACCUUGGGGUCUGAGGACGGUGAGGAGUUCACCACUAGAGUGUAUCAGCAUGUAAUAGGUGUAUGCCACAACCUGCUGCUCAACUAUACUGGCACAAAGUUUGGUCUAGAUGAGAAGAUCUUCCAAGAAUGUCUCAAGUUUAUGGAGGCUCAUCUCGAGAAGACAGCUGAAGUAGCAGCUUUCGAAAAACUCUAUGUUGGCUCGGAAACAAACCUCAUUAGCAUAUUACUCUCUGCAGCCAAUGAGAAUCUGUCCCCCGCAUAUGGCACUAAGGUUCUCAAGUUCUUCAACAAGUUGUUCCAGCUCGUUGAGAAGAACAGUACCAACAAGAGCUAUAUAGCUCUGUGUAGCUCUCUGUCACAACUGGCCAAGAUUGACAGCUCUAGUCUACAAGGCUGGCUCAGUAGGAUGAUAAUGGGGCCAACACACAAUGGAGAUGAAAACACCACAGUCCAGGAGAAUAGACUACUCUUACAGAGGCUCACUACAUACAUAGUCAAUGAGAAGAGCCAAGUUGGAGAAGAGGUUUCUCAGGCUAUACUUCAUGCCCUCAUUCCGAUGGGGUCCCAGCUUUUGUCCCCCCUCAGUGAGGCCCUAGGGUUCUCAGAGCUGAUGGUUGUCAUGGCAACACUGGCAGGUGCUGGUGGCGGAGGGGGUCACUCUGCUCUCUUCAAAGCUGUAACUGCUUGGCUUGAGCUCUGCAAAACCUACCUUGCACAAAAGGAUGUGAUGGAGAAGCUAGAAGAGAAUGUUACAAAUGGAAAGCACCAGAAUAUUCUAGAGUCCACAUGUUAUCUACUGCAGUACAUUGCAGACAUAUUGGGUGCUAUGAGACAGAGCACCGACACCAGAGGGGGUGCAAGUAGCCCACCAUUUGACGCAGAUAUAUCUCUGCAGGAAACAGAUGCCGAUUGGUCAGAAGAGCUAGGCGCAGAGGAAGAUGAUUCUGCAGCAGAAGAUUCUGACGAUGAUUCGUUGAAUAACAAACUAUGUACUUUCACUAUGACACAGAAGGAAUUCAUGAACCAACAUUGGUACCAUUGUCACACAUGUAAGAUAGUAGAUGGUGAAGGUGUGUGCACAAUAUGUGCAAAGGUCUGCCAUAAAGACCAUGAGCUUUCAUAUGCCAAACAUGGUUCUUUCUUCUGUGACUGUGGAGCUAAAGAUGAUGGCACUUGCAAAGCAUUGGUGAAGAGAACACAAGCAAGUGGACUAGACCAAAGUCUUAAUGUCUCUAGUGUGCCAUCCCCAUUCUCCAUGGACAACAUGCUACAGAGCUCACUACGACGCAGGAUCUCUGCGUCUCCGUCACCCACAGACCAAUCAAAUGAAGGGAAGGUGGCUGAGAGCAAACUUUCAAAAUCCAAGGAAGGAUUUCUGAAACAGACUGAGGCAUGUAGGCAGACCCUACUGAGCCAUAUAGAGUCAUCCAAUACUGUACACACUGUGCUGGACCUGCUCCAGUCACUAACGCCAUCUAUUAUGGAGAACUACCAGAAGUUGUCCCCCUUAGGAAGUGCUAGCAGAGUACAAAAGGCACUCAGUGACUUGCAUACACUGCCUAAGAAUGUGGAAUCAACUGAUCAAUUAAUGACCGCCACACUUGGUUCCCAGGAAGGUGCUUUUGAGAAUGUUCGUAUUAACUACACAGGCGACCAAGGCCAGCAGAUUCGUCAACUCAUCACGUCACAUGUGCUACGACGUGUGGCUAUGUGCUGCCUAAUGUCACCCCAGGGCAAACGUCAACAUCUGGCUGUGAGUCACGAAAAAGGAAAAAUAACAAUUCUACAACUCUCUGCUUUGUUGAAACAGGCAGAUUCCAGCAAGAGAAAACUGACUUUAACAAGGCUAGCAUCAGCCCCCAUACCAUUCACUGUACUCAGUAUCACAGGCAACCCUUGCAAUGAGGACUUCCUUGCAGUAUGUGGACUCAAGGAAUGCCAUGUGCUCACAUUCAACAGCUCUGGAAGUGUAUCUGAUCACUUGGUGCUUCAUCCAUCUCUGGAGACAGGCAAUUUCAUCAUCAAAGCGGUGUGGUUGCCAGGCUCUCAGACAGAACUGGCUAUAGUUACAGCAGACUUUGUCAAGAUCUAUAAUCUUGCGGUCGAUGCGAUCAGUCCACAAUUUUACUUCCUGCUACCAAGCGGCAAAAUCCGCGACACAACGUUCAUCUUCACUGAAGAUGGUCACCACAUGUUGCUGAUGUCAUCAAGUGGCUAUGUCUACAGCCAAACGAUGGAAGAAUCCAGCAGCGCAACUCACGGGCCAUUUUACAUUACGAACAUUCUUGAAAUUAAGCAUGCUGAUUUGAAUGAGUCAAAUGGUCAGGUUGCUGGGGGUGGUGUGUCCCUGUAUUACUCGCAUACACUGCAGUUACUAUUCUUUAGUUACAGCCAGGGAAAGACAUUCAUUGCUCCAAUAAACAAACAACUGGAUAAGCUUGAUAUGAUGUUCCAAGUCACGUUGAAAGGAAGAGAUGGCAAGGGAGCUCCACCACUUGUCCAGUGGACAGAAGUGCCGAACCACCCAGGCCUGGUGUGCUCUAUGACACAGUCCAACAGUAACCCUGUGGUGUUUAUGCUAAAACCUGAUGGCAUCUCAGUACAGGAAAUCAAAGUCAUGCCUGCUAAAGCAAAGAUCCAAGACAUGGUUGCUGUACGUCACCCAACAUCAAACAAUGAACAACACAGAACUACAUUGAUCUUGCUAUGUGAGGAUGGCAGUUUAAGGAUCUACAUGGCCAACCCUGACCACACCAACCACUGGAUGUCACCCCUUUUACAGCCACAUAAUGCUAUUGCUAUACUCAAACCUACCAAGAAGAAGAAAAGCGCUAAAGCGGGUCGGCCAGCAGGCUCAGUUAACUUCCCAGUGGAUUUCUUUGAGUUUGCCCAGCAUACAAACACUGUAGAGUUUGGAGGGAAUGAUGUCCUACAAAUCUACAAUGCGCAACAGAUCAAACACAGACUCAACACAACUGGCAUGUACAUUGCAAGUUCAAAGCCAUCUGGUUUCACUAUUGAAGUGACCAAUACAACAGUCAGUAAUGUAAUGGUUGGAAUUAGAGUGCUGGUUGGCAGUCAGAGUGUGGAGAGAGCACCUACAUAUGUGGAGAUGUUUGGCAGAACAGUGCAGGUGAAUGUGACUAAGGCUCGCUGGUAUGACAUCCCCUUCGCAAGGGAGGAAUCUCUACAAGCUGACAAGAAGUUCAACCUGAUAAUUGGCCCCAGUGUUGACCCAGCUGGAAUCACCAUGUUAGACUCACUGAAGAUAUAUACUAAAACUAAGGAGGCAUUUGGGUGGCCAGAGGACACAGAGGAUUUCCCAGAGCCUGCUGGACCGAAGCCCGUAGUGGUGCCAUCUAGUAGUAAUAGUAGCACAGGCAGAAAUGGAAGUAACGACACGGAGAAUUCAAGUUUUGUAGCACCACUGCCACUGACAUCUAUUGACAGACUUCUCAGUAACUCAUUGGAAGUGUUAGAUGGAUGUUUUGCUUGUUGUGCUAACAUAGAAGAAAGAGACCCCGUCAGAUCUAUUGCAUUGGAUAUCAGCACAAACCUGCUGACUCUGCCUACUCCACCACCAGUCCAACAACACACUAAAUCAUUGCUGGCGUCCCUUCAUAGCAACAAUAUAGCCUACCAUAACCACAAGGACCAGGCCCAAUUAGCACAUGUUGUGCAGUGCCUCAACCAGUAUGGCAGUAACCUUGACCCCGAGGCAUUCCAACGUUUGGUUGUUACUGCCAGGUCAGUUGCCGUGGCGAGGCCUGCUAACCUAGUGAGAUUUGCAGAGAAAGACAGCAGUACACUGGUCAGUGAGUCAGCCCUGGAGAUGACUGAUAUUGAGAUCGAGGGUGAUGAUCAGAUGAAUGAAUCCAGUGCUUCUACACCUAAGACUAUUGUACCAGAGGCUGAUACAUUGAACAACUGUUUGACAACCACCAGAGAGGAGAUGCAACACUUCAUGGCCCAGUUGCUUGAUGCAUUCUGGAGGCUACAUGGCUCUAAGCCUGCCAACCCUGCUCUGGCUCCAGUCUGUAUGCCUGGUUUGAGCCAUGUAGAGGCAACCGUGAGUGCAUUGGUUGAAAUAAUGCAUGCAUUCACAUCAUACAACCAGAGCAGCGUACACCUGGCAGCCAAACUGUACGCCAGGAUGAUGUUACUAUCAGAUGACUUGAGUGUUUCAUUCUCUUGUAAACAAGCCAUGAUACGUGUACUCAGACCCCGACAUAAGAGACGCCGCGUCUUCAUCCCAUCACCUCCUAGAUGCAGCACACCAGGUGCGGGGGGUAACAAUGGUGAUGACAAAGGUGAUGAUGCCCCUCCCCCUCCACCCCAAGGGGGUGCAGGUGUGGUUGAGCUCCCAGCCCCCAUGGCCAUUGCAGAGGAAGGACUUCAGGAGAUUCCUGUACCUUAUGAAGUUGUGGAGCCAGGAGAGGCUAUGAUGAUGGAGCCCCCAGCACAGGCAGGCAACCAGAACUCUUUAGAAGCAUUGAUGAAUGCUGUUGGGGGCCUACCUCCUAUGUUAGAUAUACCACCAGAUGCUGAUGAUGAGGCCAUGGUGGAACUGGCUAUUGCACUCAGCCUACAAGAACAGCCUGGUAGUCAAGCAAGUCGUCUCAGUGGACUACAAGGUUUUUCCCUUGGGGGUCAGUCCAACGCUGGCCCUGAUGGGGGUCAGUAUUCUGACACGACUGCCUCUGCCCCAGGGAGUGAUGAUGAAGUAGGCAGUACUGCCGCUACUGAUGGAUCCACUCUCAGGACUUCCCCAGCAGAGCAUGGGGGUAGUGCAGGAUCAGAGAGUGGGGCUAGUGCAGUGGAUUCCCUGGCUGAUCAGGGUAAUGUGAGUGGUCGUAGCAGUGCAUAUGAAGACAACCAACCAGAGAACACAACAGCAGGUGUACGCAGUGAAACAUCCAGCCUGGGAAUGCCCAGUUCCUCCAUGCAACCUGAGGCAGACCUGAAUGACACUGAUAUGGACACUGAACUGGACACAUCACACAGCCUACACAGUCUGAGACUGUCCCUCCUGGAGCACCUCAUGAGCUACAUACCCCAGCUACACCAGGUGGGCGGAGUCCGAGCCAUACCCUUCAUGCAGGUUCUGCUGAUGUUGACCUCUGACCUUGACAGUGAGGAGCAGAAGGACAAGGCCACCCUGGAUACUCUCCUUACAGCUCUCCUGAGGGAGAUGGAAAUAUCUAGGAAGGAGUUGAGUGGAGUCAGCUGUCGUACCCAUCGCCAUGAGUUCCAACUGAUUGUGAUGCGACUGCUAAGUGUUCUCAUGUCUCGUAUCAAGGCGGGUCCUAAACCUGAGUGGUCCUCAUUCAUAAGCAGUAGCACUGGAGCUGCCCUGUUGUCUUGUGAUGCUAUAGACUUCUGCCUGCGAGUUCUAAAGAGUUUACUGGAGUAUUGGAAACAACUCCCUGCUGAAGAGGAUGAGGGGAGUGUGUUACCAGGACAACUACUAAAGCCCCACCCAGCAAUAUCCCCACCUGAUAUGUCCCCAUUCUUCCUACGGCAGUAUGUAAAGGGGCAUGCUGGGGAUGUGUUUGAUGCCUACCCUCAAUUGCUAACAGAGAUGGUCCUGAGACUUCCCUACCAGAUGAAGAAGAUAGCUGACAGUGUGGCUAACCUACACACACCUGUCUUUGACCAGGACUGGUUCUACCUCCUGGCUGAGUAUAUGAUGAUUCAACAGGCCCCCUUUGUAAGGAGACAAGUCAGGAAGCUGCUUCUGUUCAUAUGUGGCUCAAAAGUAAAGUAUCGCCAGUUACGUGAUCUCCACUCUUUAGAGUCACACAUGAAAGUGAUUCGUGGAAUGUGUGAGAAGGCGGGGCUAGACUUGAGUGAUGAGACUGGAGGUACCAGCAUCAUUAUGGUCUACGACAACCUGCUUACAAUGAUGGAGCACCUAAAGGCAUGUGUAGAGGUUGCUGGUUGUCGCACGGCAAAUUGGCAGAAAUUCUGUCAACGCGAAGGAAAUGUGAUCCAGUUCCUGGUACAGACCAGUAUAGCACUUGAUGAGGGAUUGUCCUCCUGUAUACUGCAACUCCUGCAGUAUGCUAUAUGCGGCAACAAGCCCAGCCAGACUACGGGAGGAUCAUCAACACCCAGUAAAGGAAAGAAACAAGACAAGGAUAAGGAUAAAAAUGAAGCUGAGGAAGACAGCCAGAAACACGAUGAGGCUUUGUGUAUGACAUUGGUACAACAGGUCCAUAAGAACAUCAGCCAUGAACUACUAGUGCGCUUCAUACGCGCCUUCCUCCUGGAGUCCAACUUCUCUUCUGUGAGAUGGCAGGCACAUGCUCUUGUUCUCAAUAUUUAUAGGAACUCUACGCUGUCACAACAGGAAGGAAUCCUAGACUUGCUAUGGACCCUCGGCCCUGAGCUACCUGAUCAUGGACGUAAAGCAGCACAGUUUGUGGACCUUCUUGGUUACUUCGCUCUCAAGACUCCUCAGAGCUCUGAGAAGAAGCUUAAGCAGUAUGUCGAGAAGUCAGUGUCAGUACUUAGGAAACAGAAUGAAGUUUUGUCCUACCAUCCCAAUGCCAGUAUAUACAGCAUGCUGCAGGGGUUGGUCGAGUUUGAUGGUUACUACCUUGAGAGUGAUCCAUGUCUUGUCUGUAACAACCCAGAGGUCCCUUUCUCAAACACAAAACUGUCCGCAAUCAAAGUUGACUCGAAGUUCACCACGACAACACAGAUUGUAAAACUAGUCGGCAGUCACACAAUUUCUCGUAUAUCUCUGCGUAUUAGUGACUUGAAGAGAACCAAGAUGGUACGCACUAUGUCUAUCUACUACAACAAUCGAUCAGUACAGGCUGUCGUGGAACUGAAAAACAAACCUGGGCUCUGGCACAAAGCCAAACGAGUGACCUUGACCUCUGGGCAGACGGAUGUGAAAGUUGACUUUCCAUUGCCAUUGGUUGCUUGUAACCUGAUGAUUGAGUAUUCAGAGUUCUAUGAUAACUUCCAAGCAUCUUCGGAAACUCUCCAGUGUCCCAGAUGUAGUGCCUCUGUACCUGCCACCCCAGGGGUGUGUGGCAACUGUGGGGAGAAUGUCUUUCAAUGUCACAAGUGCAGAGCCAUUAACUAUGAUGAGAAAGAUCCUUUCCUGUGCAACGCUUGUGGCUUCUGUAAGUACGCUAAGUUUGACUUCACGCUGAUGGCCCGUCCCUGUUGCGCUGUAGACCCUAUAGAGAAUGAUGAAGAUCGGAAGAAAGCAAUCUCAACCAUCAACAGUCUACUUGAGAAAGCUGAUAGGUUGUAUAAGCAGCUUCAGAUGAAUAGACCCGCUUUGGAUAGUCUCUUGAUACGCAUCAGUGAACAUGCAUCAGAGAAACAGGAUGAGGGUGCGACCACUACAAGUAAUGCAGUUGGAAAUAAUGUCAACCGAAGUAUUCACCAGCUGGCCCAGAAAUACAGUGCUGACUGUAAAGCUACCUUUGAUGAACUAAGCAAAAUUAUUCAGCGUGUGAUGGCCUCUAGAAAGGAGUUAGUUGAAUAUGAUAGACAACAGAGAGACACAGUCCUUGCUUUAGAAAAGGAAACCCCAAAUACUCCUGUAGCAACACCAGAUGCUAGUCCAAGGGUUCAUGCUGCCAAAUUGUUUCCUCCAACAACACAAACUGGAGCAGAGCCUCACAAGUCUGGUACUAAAUGUUACGGCUGCGCCAGUGCAACUGUUGAACAUUGUCUCACUUUGCUCCGUGCCCUUGCAACCAACACAAACAUACGCCAGAUACUAUGUCAGUAUGGUCUCAUACAAGAACUUGUCGACUACAAUCUUAGGCUGGGCAGUCCACAGGUGCGUACAGAUGUCAGGUCUCUCCUAUGUCUACUCACCAAGGAUAAUAGGACCGCCACUUUGGAGCUAAAUGAUAUGAUCAUGGGCAAGAUAGACAAAGCUGUCCGUGGUCACCUCUCUAAUCCUGACCUGGGUGCAUCCGUUAGACAUGAAAUGAUGUUGCUAGCUGCUACAGUACAGAGAGAAGAUAGCUGUUGGGAACUCCGAGUCAGAUGCGUCGUGAAGCUGUUCCUGACAUCUAUAGAGAUGAAGAAGCCUGUAUUCAUGGAGUCCAUCACACUGCCAUGUCUCUGCAUUCUACAACACCUUAUCAAACCUGAUGCUACUAUUAAGAAGGGAAAGGAUAAAGCCAUGGAGACAUUGAGUAGCAUAAAGUCAGUUGAUGCUGGACUACAGGUUGACGUCAGGAAGUGGUUGUCAGGUGACCUGAGCCACACCUACCAACAGUGGAGACAGAAACAACCAACCAAAGACAAGUCAAAGGUGGAUAAGAAGGAAGGAAAGGGUGACAAAAAGGAAGGAAAACCUGAUAAAAAGGAGAGUAAGGAGAAGAGGGAAAGCAAGGAGAAGGCAAGGGCGAAGUUUCUCAUGGAGAAAUAUGGAAUUCGAUGGAGGAAGAAAGUCAAGCAAGGUGAAGUCCUUCCUCUGAAGCUCCUGGACAGCAGUUGGCUAGAAAAUGCACUAUUUUCUGCAAGUUCCCGUGCUGCGCGUCAGACUGUCAGCGCCAUCUGUGAGACAGUGUGUAAUACGCAGACAGAACGCAGGAGAGCCAUCAUUGACAAGUUCACUGGAUACCUAGAUAAGAUAGGGACUGCUGGAGAGAAUGCCAGUGACUUCCUCGCCCUCUAUAAGAAACUCAUCACUCCAAACCAUUGGAAGGUCUAUUUGGCUAUUAAAGGGGUGUUGCCUCACAUUGGGGAACUUAUAACCAAGGAGAUAGAAUACAUUGAGCAUCUUGAAGAGACUACACUAAGCUCUGACCUGACACAGGGAUAUGCCCUCAAGUCCCUCACUGACCUGUUAGCCUAUAUCACAGACUAUGAACUGAUCAAGCAGCACUACAAGAGCAAACUUGUAGGGUUUGUACUGAAUGGAUACCUAUCUCUACGCAAGCUUGUGGUGCAGAGGACUAAGCUGAUAGAUGAGACACAGGAUAACCUACUUGAACUCCUUGAGGAAAUGACUACAGGUACAGAAUCUGAGACAAAGGAGUUCAUGGCUGUAUGUGUAAAGACAGUGAGCAAAUACGGCAUGGAGGACCUCAUAUCUCCAGUAUUCAUCUUUGAGAGACUCUGUAGUCUUAUAUUCCCCGAGGAGAAUGACGUGGGAGAGUUCUUCCUGUCUUUAGAGAAGGACCCUCAACAGGAAGACUUCCUGCAGGGUCGAAUGCUUGGGAACCCUUAUAACAGCAAUGAAGCAGGAUUAGGACCCCUUAUGAGAGAUGUCAAAAACAAGAUAUGUCAAGACUGUGAGCUAGUGGCCCUGCUGGAGGAUGACACUGGCAUGGAACUGCUUGUUAACAACAAGAUCAUCAGCUUGGAUCUGGCAGUGAAGGAUGUCUACAAGAAGAUAUGGGUGCCAGACCAUGGAGAGAGCAUCCCAAUGAGAGUUGUCUAUAGGAUGAGAGGUCUCCUUGGUGAUGCUACUGAAGAUAUGGUCAACACAUUGGAUUCUGGGAAAGAUGAGGAUGUGAAUGAGGAGGAAGUAUAUAAGCUUGCAUCAGUUAUGGCUGAGUGUGGGGGACUGGAUAUCAUGUUGGCAAGACUGAAAGGCCUUCGUGAUGUCGCAUCAGGAAAGCAGCUACUGACAGUCCUGUUGAAGUUGUUCAGCUACUGUGUCAAGGUGAAGGUGAACAGACAGUUGCUGAUCCAACCCAAGAUGAACACCAUUAGCACCAUGCUACGUGCCCUCAAUCUGGCCUUAUUAGCUGAACAAGAAAGCAGUGCUGCCACUCUUGGUCAGACCCUUACAGAACAGAUUUUACAGAUCAUGGAGACGAUCCUUGUUGAAGCCAGUAGUGAACCACCAGAAAAGUACAAGGAGUUCUCUGCUCUCUGUGGGGACAAAGACCAACUGAUGAUGCUACUAGACAGGAUAAACAGCACGUUUGUUCGCUCCAACAAAGACGUCCUCCAGGCUUUGAUGAAGCUCAUUCCCUUCCUUGCCUUUGGGGAUGAUGACAAAAUGAAAGCUCUUAUUAACCACUUCAAGCCGUACUGUGACUUCAACAAAUUUGACUUUGAGCAUACCCAGGAUGAGCAGGUCCACUUAGAAUGUUUCUGUGUCAUUGCAAAUGGAAUAGAGAGCAAUGCAAAUGGCUUCAAACUAAAGGAGAUGAUAUUGGCUGCAGAUAUUGUAAAAGACUCCACAGAGUACAUCCAGAUGCAUUCACCACCCAUAAAGACCCUUCUUCCGACUGAUUCCGAGGAUUGGAAGGAGUUUGUUGGCAAGCCAGGCCUGCGGUAUGCUCUACAGAUGCUAACAGGACUUGCUAAAGGACAUGAUAAGACACAGGAAAUGGUCGGUCAGGACCUGAUUCAAAUCCUACACAAACUGGAACAAGCCGCCUCAGAUGAACAUGUUGGCUCCUAUGCUGAGAACCUACUGGAGGCUGUCAAAGGAAAUCCUAAAGUUCGUGAAAAGAUCGAGGAAGUGCGCAAAAAGACAAAAGCUGAAAAGAAAAGACUCGCGAUGGCUGUACGAGAUCGGCAACUUGCUGCACUUAGAAUGAAG